AGAUGGACGUCGAAGCCGAGCAGGGCUGCACCAACGUCUCCGUCGAGGGCGACGCCACCUACUGCAUUGAAGGCGCCAUCUGCGGUGGCAACGGCAGCGCCUGCCCCAAGCAGGGCGACUGGGCCUCGGGCGACUGUAAGACCGGCCUCUUCUCGUCGAAGAACGGCUGGUGCCAGGCUCCCGAGUCGGCGGUCUGCUUGACGCUCAAGACGGGUGCUCGCGGCUGCGUCUACCCGUCCAAGGGUCCCCAGAAGAUGGUCGCCGACAUGGCGGCCGAUGCCGAGCAGGGCUGCACCAACGUCUCGGUCGAGGGCGAUGCCACGUACUGCGUCAACGGCCCGGUGUGCUCUGGCAACAGCGGCGGCGGUGCUUGCCCCAAGAAGGGCGACUGGGCCUCCGGCGAUUGCAAGACCGGUCUGUACUCGUCGCAGCACGGCUGGUGCCAGGCGCCUGAGACCGCGACGUGCCAGAAGCUCAAGACUGGUGCGUGGGGCUGCGUGUACCCGUCCAAGGGCCCACAGAAGAUGGAGGCGCACCUCCGCAGCGGCCACGAACUCUCGGCGUAAUCAUUGUGAGGUUUUGACUAAUGCACUAAUGAUUUUGUUCAUGUUUGAAGUCGGAUUGAAAUGGG